ACACCCAAGUACUACAGACCAUCAAAAGAGAGAGAGAGACAGAAGGAGUAAGAGAGAUUGCUGAAAUGGCUUCUUCUUCUUCUUCCCUUGCUGUGCUGCUUCUUUCUCUAAACCUUCUCUUCUUCACCCUUGUUUCUGCCAACAGUGUGCCAUGCGCACCUAAGCACAAGCCAAAGCCAAAGGUCACCCCUACUCCAUACGUCCCAAAAUAUCCUCCCUACAUCCCAUACCCCAAGUGCCCCAGGGACGCCCUGAAGCUGGCUGCCUGCGCUAACUUGCUCGGAGGACUGGUGAACUUGGUGGUUGGCCCAGGCAGCAGCCACUGCUGCGGCCUCCUUGAGGGCCUCGCUGACGUUGAUGCAGCAGCCUGCCUCUGCACCGUCAUCAAGGCCAACGUUCUCGGCAUCAACCUCAACGUUCCUCUCUCCCUCAGCCUGCUCCUCAACGCCUGUGGCAGAGUCCCCCCAGAAGGCUACAAAUGUGCAUAAAGCUCUGAUCUCUCUCUCUCUCUGUAUCUCUGCUUUCUUCUUUCACUUUUCUUCUGUUUCCUCCUACUGUAAGCGGGUUGGUUUUUUGUUCAGUUUCUAUCAUUGGUGUGUUGGUAUCCACAAGACCUGAUUGGGUACCUGUUUGUGGGCAUUUCUGGUGCAGUUCCUUGUUUUGUUCUUUAAAGUUAUUUUGUGGAUUAGGGUGGACCCUCCUCGUGUCCAAUGUAGCAUGCCGCAUUGAUGUUGCUUCUCAAUAAAGGAGCUCAAAUCAUUGUGUUUGAUUA